GUACAAUUUUUCAAAAAUUUUCAAAUACACCUAUAGGUAUAAUAUAAAUUAUUAAUUUAAUACUUACUAAUAAUAUUAAUAAUUCUUCAACUAUUCAUGUACAAAUUAAGAAGAAAAUAAUGGUUUGUAACUAUUGUUUAUCUCAUUAAACAUAUUAUGUAGGUGUUAUGAAUUAAGUGUAUUUUUUUAAAUUAUUUUUAUAUUACCUAACUUGAAGUACACCUUUUUACAAAAACAUUUUUAGACAAUACAAUUUUUAAAUAAAAUUAAUAUAAAGUUAAUAACAUACAAUUGUGUAAACACAAUGUUCUUUAAAUAGUUUUACGGGAAUUUAUCAGUAUUAUCCUGUGGUAUCUACUAUACAUACAUUUUUUAAAUUCAUUAUUUGAGUUUAUUCAAUAAAAAUUGUAAUCUAUUAUAUUCUUCAUUAACAAUACAGUACUCCAAUAGUUCUUUAAAUUGCUAAAAUUUAAGAUGUUUGAUAAAUAUUGCAUGUAUAGUUAAUAUAGGUAUCUAGGUAAAAUAUUAAAAUAAAUUCCUCUCGAGAUUUUUUACCAGACUGACAUAGAUGGGUUACUAUUAUCUUCUAUUUAAUGUGCACAAUCAUUUUUGUUGCUUUAUAUUUUAUAAUUAUCGGAUGAAAAUUAUAUGAACCAUAUUUAUAAGUUUUUUUUUAUUAUUUUUGAGUAUAUAAUAUUUUUCAAAUAAUUGCCUUUAUUAUAUACUUAAAAUUCAAUAACAAUCAAUUAAAAAAAUGAGUGUGCACUUUAAUUUGAUCACUUAAUAUGUUUUGUCAUUUGAUUUAAGUUCUACUUAUAUAUUAUAUUAGUUUGAUAUCUCAACUUUUGUGUUGCAUUUUAAUAUAUUAAAUGAACUUAUUUAUUUAAGUUAAUUAAUUUCAUGUUUUUUUAUUUAUAAACUGUUUAGUUUAUUGAUUUGUUGUAUUAUCCUUGAUGGCGCCAGCUGAAGAGGAAAAAGAUGUGUUGGGGUGCACAUGUAAUUUGGCCCCUUUUGAUGUCCCCAAUAAGUAUCUUUCAAAACCACAUAUUGAAGCAUUUUUAAGAGGACUAAAUAGUUUACGGAAGAAUGAUGUAUUCUGCGAUGUUCAACUUAUGUCUAAAGGAUAUUGUGUUAAUGUACAUAAAAUAUUUUGAAAUAUUUAUUUAAAUUCAUACUUUAUGAAUUGUAUUAUAGUAACAUUUAUAAUAACAAUAAUAAUAUUUUUAAAGGCGCACAGAGCGAUUUUGGCUGCUAGUAGUCCAUAUUUUUAUGCCAUGUUUACUAAUGGGUUAUUAGAAGCUGGUAAAAAAUCGAUUGAGCUUCCUUCAGUUUCUCCUGGUGUGCUUGAAAUACUUAUAAAUUUUAUUUAUUCUGGUAAACAAACUUAUGUAUAUAUAUAUAUGUGUAUAAUUUAAAUCAAAUAAUUAUUUAAAUGUUUAUAAUUUAAGGGGAAAUAAAUAUUUAUCAAGAAAAUGUUGAAGAAUUGAUGAUUGCAGCAGAUAUGUUAGAACUUAAUGAUGCUGUAAGUUGUUGUACAGAAUUUUUGAAAAGUGAGAUAGAUUCAUCUAAUGCUGUUGGAUUACUUAGGUAAACAUUUUGAAAGUAUAUAUAUUAUAUACAUUUAUAUUUUAUGUAGUAUGAUCAACUCUUGAUAACUCAUCUUGAAAAUGGUUAACUUUUUUGGAUUUUUUUUUAACAUAAAUUGUUAAAAGGUUUGCUUUAAAUACUUUUUUGUAUAUUUAUUUUAACUAUCAAAUCUAUUUAUGGAAUUUUUAAUAUGUAUUGCUAUUUGAAAAGCAAAAGUAGGUAGUUGUCCACCUUCAAAAGUAAUUUUAAAAAUAUAAUAUUCUAGAGUUACUUAUUUCAUAAGAUGUUAAAAAAAGUUAAUAAUUUCUAAUAUAAUGAGUGUCUUAUCAAGGAUUGAUCACCAUGUAAAAAAUAUUAUUAAUUUGUUGUACAAAUGUAUAAUGUAAAAAAAAAAAAAAAGGUUUGCGGAUAUGCACAAUUUUACUGUUCUACACAAAUUAUCUGAAGAUUUUAUUUAUGGGAAUUUUGUUCAAAUUUGCGAAGAAGAUGAAUUAGGUGAUUUAUCAAAAGAUCAAUUUAUUAAGUUUCUCAAUAGUGAAUAUCUUUGUGUAGAUUCUGAACAACAGGUAAUUAAUAAAUAAUAACUAUGGAAUGGAUUUUAAUGUAAUAAAAAAACUAAAAUAUGUACUUAGUUUUAUUUAAAUAUUAAAAAAAUCAAAAAAAUCUGGUAGGAAACAUUGUGUUGACAUAAUAAAAACAAUGAAAACAGUAACGCUGCAGCACCCCGUAAAUAUUUGACGUUUUACCUAUACUUCCUUUCAGGUUUUUCCGAAUUAUUUCGAAAACCCCUUAAAAAUCGAAAAGACCGUCCCGAUGCACUAACUAGAGAAAAUUACAUUUUUUAGAAAAGGUGUAGAGUCUAUACUUCGGAGCAAGUUUUUUGGUAAAAAAGUUGUUCACAAACAGCAAAAAAAAAUUAAAAAAACAGUUAGUAAAACCUAUAGAUUCCUCCCUACGCAUCAAAUCUAAAAAUAUAUUUGAUAAAUAAUACUAUUUUAUUAUUGUUUAUUUAAUUUUUGAAACAACGAGAAACUUAGAUCGGAAGUUAUAUCUUAUACAAUAAUAAAAAUCUGUAGAGUGGCUUAUUUCUUAAAUGUUUUUGAAAAUAAAUUCCAGAAAAAGUUAAUACUUUCCAAGAUAAUGAGUGUAAAUGAGUUAAAUCACUUAAAUGUAUCAUAUAUUAUAAUAUCAAGUUACAUACAUAAAUCACUUCCAAUAAAUGUUGAUAUUUUGAAUGAUAAGUAUGAUUGGUUGGUGUUAGUAAAUCUCUGUACUGAAAUAAUAAUAAUAAAUGCUUUUUAAAUUUCGAUCUAAAUUUUUGUUGUUAAGUACAUUAUGAAUAUUUCUAUUGUUGGUAACUAAUGAGUUAUUUGAUUAGUUUUUUAGUUGUUAUUGUUAAAUAGUUUAUAUGACUAGUAUGUGUACAAUGCCGAAAUUAAAAAUUGAUCUAAUGAAAUAUGUAUUCAUUUGAAUUUGUUAUGUAUAUAAAUAUAUAUCUAAUAUCCUUAAGGAUAUAAAAUAAUUUUUUUAUAGUUUUAGUUGAGAAAUUUAUAUGUAUAUGCCAUUUUAAUUUAUUAUAAUGUAGCUCAAGAUAUUUAAUACUAUAUACUUUUUCUAACAAGAAGCAUGUAAAGUUACAGUUUAAGUUAUUACAAUGAGGCAAAUGAAUAUACAAUUUAUGCUCAUAUUCUAUACAAUUAUUAUUAUUUAUUUUGAAGCAUAUUUAUUUGAUUUUAUUGAGAUUUAAUUCCAAUAAAUUGUUAUCAAACCAUAAUUUAACACAGUUAAUUUUUUUUAAAUUGUAAGAUUUAUCAGACAUUAUUAGGAUCAUGCGGAAAAAAAAAAUGUUUUAACAGUAACUAUCAAGUUAAACAAAUUAUUAAUAAAUAUUAUAAUGAACGAGCAUUCAAGGAUUGUAUCUUAAGGUACACCAUGCAAUACAAAUAAAGGUUCACUAUAAGUAUUGUUAUUUUAACUUAUUUCCUGAGAUUUAAAAAUAUUAAGUGGCGACAAUUUGGUCACAGCAACAGUUUUAUACUAACCAAAUAAACACUCCAUAUUGACUGACGAUGAUGAGAGCAUACUUAAUAUUAGUUACAUUAAGUGGUGUGAGUUUAACGUCCAAUAAUUCAGUGGAAUUUCAUCUUUAAAGUUUAUAAGUAUACCUCGUAAUUAUUUUAAUAUUUUUUAGACCAUGAUUUUUUUAGUAUACAUAUGAACAUUUUCUUUUAACUAACUUUAAGCAUGUGAUGUUGUGCCUUUUCUAAUUUAUUUUGUACUUCUUCAAAAAUGCAGGUUUCCAGUUGUUUUAUUUCUUGGACAAAGAAAAAAAAAAUCCAGAAUGUAAGAUAAAUUAUUUUUUUUUAAAUUAUUAGCUUUAUUAGCUAUUAUAUAACAUUGCCAGUUUCAGUAGGUAUCUAAAUUUGAAAUUAUUUCUUUAUUUUUUUUUUUUUUAAAUAUUCAUUAUAAUAUUGAGUAGCUUGUAAAAAUUUAGAUAACAAAUCAAUUUUUGAUGUCAAGAAUUACUCAAAUAUUAACGAAAUAUAUGUAUUUGUUUAUCAAAUAUGUAAAAUAAAUAAGGGCUUAUUUCAAUUAGAAUGAUCUAAAUUAUACACAUUUUUCAUCGGAUUAAAAAUAUCCCAUUCCAAUAAAAAUAAGUGUUGACAAUAAAAUCCAUUCCCUAUAGUAAUAACCAAUUAUUUUUAAUUACACUAUACAUUGUUUUCUUAUUUCUUUGAUUAUUUAGGUGUUUCGUGCAGCAAUGAAAUGGAUUAAACAUGAUCUCUCUGAUCGCCGUCGUUACAUUUUUGAAAUUCUUUCAUGUAUACGUAUACCUUUAAUGAGUAUCCAGUUUUUAGAACGUGAAAUUAAUGAAAAUACUGAUGCGAGUUUAAGAGUGGCUCUGCGUUCUAUAUAUACAGAUAUAGUGGAACGAAUUGGUAAUUUAGUGGCUUUGCAAGUUGAACCACGAUUAGGAGCAAAAAAAGAUAUAUACAUAUUAGGUGGUUCAAAACGAGAAAUAUGUAGUGCUUGGUCUCGAUACUCAGAGUCUACAUUUGAAUCUGUUGUAAAAUUUAAUACUUUCAGGAAGUAAGUUAUUAAUUGUAAUUUUUUUUAAACCUUAUAAUUUAUUUAUUUAAAUUUUAUACUUUAGGGAGUGGUGUGAUAUAAAACCAAUGAAUAUAGGUAGAAUAAUGCCAGGAGUAGCUAUUUUAAAUGGUUGUAUAUAUGUUGUUGGAGGUGAAAACGAAUCUCUUAUACUGUCAAAUGGAGAAUGUUAUAAUCCUAUUGAAGAUAAUUGGACCUCUGUUGCUGGAAUGACAGUUCCAAGAUGUGAAUUUGGAAUGGCAGCCUUAAAUGGAUAUUUGUAUGCUAUUGGUGGAUGGGUUGGAGAUGAUAUUGGAGGAUCUAUUGAAAUGUAAGUUUUAUCAACAGUAUGUUAGAAUUAAAAUUAUUAUUAACUUGUCUUUAGCUAUUCUCCAUCAUUAAACCGAUGGACAAUGUGUAAUAGUGUGCUACCCGAACCACGAUUUAGUAUGGGAGUCGUCUCAUUUGAAGGUGGUCAAAAUUAUUUAUAAAUAAUAUAUUUAAAUUAAAACUAAUUUAUUGUAUUAUGAUAAGGAUUAAUCUAUAUUGUGGGUGGUUGUACUCGGACUAAGCGACACCUUCAAGACUUAUUAAGUUAUAACCCAGUAACAGGAGAAUGGUCUAUUUUAGCACCUAUGUUGGUGCCACGUAGUCAAAUGGGAGUUGCAGUUUUAGAUAAACAUCUGUAUGUAGUUGGUGGUAUUACCAGCAAUAAUGAAGUGUUAAACUUAGUUGAACAAUAUGACUUUGAAGAAGUAAAUAUAGUUGAUAAAUUCUAGAUAUUAUUUUACCUUAUUUAUUAUACGUAUGUUUUAGAAUACAUGGAGUUUUGUAAAUCCAAUGAAGGGUAAACGUGCAAGUCCAGCUGUUGCUGCUGCUGAUGGAAUGUUAUAUGUAAUUGGUGGUGAUAUAACACACACAAUUAAUUCAUACAGGUCACAAAUAACUAUUUCUACAGUCGAGAGAUACAAUAAUUCAACUUUAGAAUGGGAAGAUUUACCAUCACUUCCUGAAUCCAGAAGUGAAGCUGGUGUUGCUGUAUUGUAAAUUUUUUUAGAAUAAAAUAAGCAAACUUAUAUUUUUUAAAUUUCUGAGAAAUAUUGUAAUAAUGAUAUUUAUCGUUAUUUUAUUAAGUUCUUAUAAGAACGCACAUUUAUUUUGUUUUAUACCCAGUCCUAAAAAUAAAAACAAUCAAUUGAUGAAAACACAACAUUUUUGUUUAUAGAUAGUUCAUAUUAACAUUAUUAUAUCAUUGCUCAUUAUUUAUGUUAAUUAUUUUUCAAUUGGUCGUUUUGUCCACAAAAUUAAAUUUCAUUCACCAAUUUUGUACACGAUGCUGUUUUCUAUUUUUUUUUUCUUUCUUUCAACGUUAUGAAUUUGCAUUUCCCACAAGGUACUAUUAUUUUUUUCCUGUUCUUGAAAACAUUAUUCCUUACAAAUAUAUGAUCUUUAUCAGAUUUAUUUUUCGUGAUCUAAGGUUUUGACAUUAAAUUCUAUGUGAUAACUGAAUGCUCAUCAGGACAUCGGCUAUAAGACUAAUGUAAACAACCAAAAUAGUGUGUUUAAAAAAGACAGGAGAUAAGAAUUGUGUUACUCUUUUUUAUCACAUGUAAUAAUAUGAUUGCUUACAAAUAAAAACUAAUGUUGUUUGUUUAA